AUGACUUCGCGCAACUCUCCCACGCGUUUCGACACCGAGGACGUGCCACACACCCCUCCAGCACAAACUGACUACGAACCAAACACGCCUCGGUAUCUCGAGUCCAACAUGUCAGGCGGAAAAAAUGAGCUCUCCGAGUUUGAACAACAACGAUUGGCAAACAUCGCUGAGCGCGAUGCGCUGCUGAAGAAGAUACAUUUGGAGAACCAGUCGUUUAGUUUCUCCACCCCGAAGCCGGUCAACGGCGCAUCAAAACCGAAGAAACGACCUACUCCCAAAGUCAAGAAGGAGGAAGAGGAUUUAACACCACGUCGCUCAUCUUCGCGUCUCAAAGGCAUUGCGGCUGAAAGUGAGGUCGCGAAGCGCAAGGCGGAGGAUGAAUAUGACGCCAUGCGCGAAGCUGAUCGCCUGAAGCGACAGCGCCGAACCGACUCUUUUAGUCAGGCUGAUAUGUUUGUGGCGGGUCAAAAGCUCACUGGAGACAGCCUCAUUGGUGUGGAUGUGAUCACCAAGGGUGUUGCGAAGCCCUACGAAAGAACCUUCGGUGAUGAUGACAUCAAGAAGACCACGGACAAAGAUCUGAAGGCCCUUCGCGAGGAAAUGAACGGGCUAUCAUUGUGGGAAUCGUGGGACCCGCAAAGAAUCAAGAUUACGCCCGAACGUGUUUACGCCAUGGCCUUCCACCCAUCUGAAACCAAGCCCCUCAUUUUUGCUGGUGACAAAAUGGGUCAUCUGGGAAUGCUGGAUGCAUCUCAGGAGAAACCUGCUAUUGAGGACGAUGAUGAAGAUGCGGAGGAUCCAGACCCAGUUCUCACCACAUUGAAACCUCAUACCCGAACAAUCAGCGCUAUGAUGGUCAAUCCCUCAAAGCCGACUCACCUAUACACGGCAAGCUAUGACAGCUCAAUCCGAUCUCUCGACUUGGAAAAGAUGGUCUCAUCGGAGACGUAUGCACCUGAGUCUACCAACAUCGAUGAGGCGAUCUCUGGUGUAGAUAUGGCCCCAGAAGACCCGAAUGUCCUGUACUGGACCACCCUCAACGGUGGCUUUGGCAGCUAUGAUACGCGAACCCCGCUGAAAGACCGCAACGCAUCACACUGGGACUUGUCGGAAAAGAAAAUUGGCGGGUUCAGUCUUUGUCCUUCUAUCCCGUAUUAUUUUGCCACGGCAAGCCUAGACCGGUUCCUAAGAGUAUGGGAUUUACGCAAGCUGUCGCAUACUACACCCGUGCCUGUUGCGGAGCAUGAGAGCAGACUGUCUGUCUCACACGCGGCUUUCAAUGCUGCAGGUCAGAUCGCUACGUCGUCCUAUGAUGAUACGUUGAAAAUUUAUGAUGUUGGUGCCAAGGGUUUGCCUACAUGGAAACAGGGGCAUACUCUAUCUGCAAAGGAGUUCACCCCUGAUACGAUUGUGCGUCAUAAUUGUCAGACUGGACGCUGGGUCACUAUUCUGCGUCCGCAGUGGCAGCUGAAUCCUCAAUCCUCUAUCCAGCGCUUCUGCAUUGGAAACAUGAAUCGUUUCGUUGAUGUCUACAGCAGCAGCGGUGAUCAACUUGCCCAACUCGGCGGCGAUGGAAUUACAGCUGUCCCUGCUGUUGCUGUCUUCCACCGAAGCAAGAAUUGGGUUGCUGGUGGUACUGCCAGUGGUAAACUGUGCUUGUGGAACUAG